ACGAGGCGGCCGACUUCUCCACCAAUCACCAGCUGCCAUCCUUGGACUUUGCCAUCAACCACUAUGGGCAGCCCGACGUGGCCAUGUUCGACUUCACCUGCAUCCGUUCUGGCCCAUGGGGACUGGGAUCGCGCGAGGGUUCCUGGCAGCGAUGGACUCAGCAUGGAUGGUUCGCAGCUGGGCUCUAGGACACGCCCCCUUGGAAGUUUUGGCGGAGAGGGAGAGUCUGUAUCGCCUUCUUCCCCAGACAACCCCGGAGAACAUCAACAAGAACUUCAAUCUGUACACUGUGGAUCCAGCGACACGCUACCCCAACAUCAACCCUCAACUCAUCACCCCUGCACAGGUCAAACACCUGAUAGACACAGGAGACAGCAGAGAUGUGGAUAUAGACAUUGAGAAUCUCCACAGCUCGCCCUUAUCCAAACUACAACGACAAGAAUCCUUCUCUCGCUCCAGUAAGCUGUUGAGCUGGUGUCAGCAGCAGACCCAGGGUUACCGAGGCGUUGCCGUUAGCGACCUGACUAGUUCCUGGAAGACUGGGCUGGCGCUGUGUGCCCUCAUCCACCACUACCGACCCGACCUAAUUGACUUUGAGUCUCUGGAGGAAGCAGAGGUCGAGGAGAACACUCAGUUGGGCUUGGAGGUGGCCGAGCUGGAGUUUGGCAUCUCUCCAGUAAUGACGGUGGAGGAGAUGUCAUCUAUGGGAGAGCCAGACACCCUUUGCAUGGUCAUGUACCUCAGCCAGUUUUACCAGCUCUUCAAGGACUCCAUGCCCCCCAGUGAGUCCCUGGGUCAGAGUUCAGAACGCAGGGCUGCCCUGAUGGCCCCCACCUCCCAGCUGAGCAGACUAGGACACAGUCCCUCACGCAAACGCAACCCCAAGGGGCAGGAGAAGGAUGCGAUGGGGAAGAGGAGGAAGACCAGUCGGCCAAGCCCAGAUGAAGAGGAAGAAGCGGCAGAUGGUUACUACGACAACCUAACUUUGAAGGCAGGGUCUGUGGGCGGAGCGAGCCGUACCAGAGUGCGCCUGAUGGCCAAUCAGCUUCUGGCUAAGUUUGAGGAGAACGCCUCCGGCGCCCCCUCCUCCUCCUCGGCUGCAGCUUUGCGGAGACAGAAAUUUGUUCAGAUGUACACAGAGGGAGUAAGCUCACGGGCUGAACAGUUAGCCAAUCAGCUUCAGAAUCAGGAGGCCCCCAAACCCGCUACUUCAGAAAGGAGGGAAUCGGUGAACCUGCGGGGCGUGUUUGCGUCGGGCGGCACCAGCGACGUGUGUUUCUUCUGUAAGAAGCGCGUGUAUGUGAUGGAACGGCUCAGCGCCGAGGGCCUGUUCUUCCACCGCAGCUGCUUCCAGUGCGACCACUGCAGCUCCACCCUCCGCCUGGCCUCCUACGCCUUCGACAGACCCACUGGGAAGUUCUACUGUAAGCCUCACUAUGACCUUCGCCUGUCUGGCGCUGCCCAGAGAAAGAGGCCUGCCCCCAACACCCCCUCCUCACCCUCGGAGAGAACCCGCUCCCAGAGGACCUCCCAGGGGUCUCUGGCUUCUCUGCCCUUCCCAUCCUCCAUUGAUGGUCCCUCUCCUGUUACUACGGUGAUAACCGAUGGUCGCAGAUCCUCAGUGGCGUCUCUGAUAGAGAGGGAGGCAGUCCUGGCCAAGCGGGUGCGCGGCACGCCGGAGCGCAUUGAGCUGGAGAACUACCGUGUGACCCUGGGGAGCCUGGAGUCUGACCUGACUGAGGAGCCGGAGGAGGUGCCAGAGGAGACGCUGGCCAAUCAUAACCUCAGCCUGAUGGUGAAGAGCACAGAGAGCUCCAGUUCUGAGUCAGACAUGGAGGAGGAUGGGUCGCAGACGGUGACCUCUGAACUGUCCAGAGCCUCCUGGAGGCAGGCGGUGGAACUGCACAACCGCCUGAGGGGGCAGAAAGACAGCAUGACAGGGGAGGCAGAGGAGGAUGAGGAAGAGGAGGAGGAGGAGGAGGGGGAGGUGGAUGACGAUGACGAUCAUGACGAUGAGGAUGAUGUUGAAUCCAGUGAUGAAGGGGAGUACUGUCCUUGGGAGACAGAAUGCCAUUCGGGGUUGUGGGUUCUUCAAGAAGAGGUGGAGGAUACAGACGAAGACUUACCCCCACCUCCACACACAUCUGAGGCAGUAUCAUUACCCAGAAGCAAUGACGGCACACUCUCUCAAACACACUUCAGCGACACAUCCCUUGGCGCACACACACUUGAGAUCGUCUUGCCUGACUCCACCACACCUGAGACAACAGCUCCAGACACACCCAGUCUGGACUCCCGCAGCCCUGCCAGCCUCCCCAACAUCACCACCCUCAGCAGAACCCUCAGAAGCCCCACCUCCUCCGUUCCCACCCCAGACUCCAACUCCUCCGUCUUCACCUCCUCCUCUCCCAACUCCUCCUCCGGCUACUCCCCUUGCCCUGAGGAAGAGGGGAAGGAGAAAGCGCAGGAUAAAAAGGAGAAGAAAGAGCGUGAGGAGAGAGAGAGGGGGAUGAAGGACAGAGGAAGGCGUGAUCCCAGCAGUAGCUCUGGGGUGGGUAUGAACAGUGAAUCCACCACCUCCGACACCACCACUCUGACCCCUCCCCGCACCCCUCCCUCCCGCUGCCUCAAAGAAUGUUGGGAUAGCGUAACCCAGAAUGCCUUGCAGGAGGAGGGUCUGCUUGGCUCCGCACCUCGCCCUGCACCUAUCAUGGCAGCUGUGGUGGUGCGGAGGGCCGACUGUGAGAGCAGGGGGUCUUUCGGGGAGCUCCUGGGUGAUGACGAUGACGACGAUAUAUUAGAGCCCUUUGAGGACACAAGUCCCCCCCUGUCUCCUCAGAAGCCCCUGCAGCAGGUGCUGGUCAGGGAGCACAGUGCCAGAGUGGAGAGGGAGAAGGAGAGAAAGAGGGAGGUGGAAAGAAGGAGGGAGCUAGAACGAGCUGCCAUGUGUAUAACCCGGGAGGAGACGACCCCCCCGAGCUCUGAGCCCGCCUCAGGGAGGAGCAGGGGGGGUCUGGACCCCCGCAGACUGACAGAGAGCCUUCCUCCACUGCUUCUCGCUUCUCUGCAGGGAGGCUCCAUCUUCUCCCAUCUGAAGGGACUCAGGGACACGCAGGGCCCCAGCCAGUGUGCUCCCGAGGAGGGGACGGAGGAGGGCAGACCCAGGCCUCUCUGGAAGGCUGUCUUCUCCGGGUACAAGAAGGACAGAAAAAAGGAGAGGACUUCCUCUCAAGACAAGAUAGCUGCUGCCGCCCCUUCGGAACAUGGCAGGAAGGAAGCAGCCAGGAAGGAAGCAGGCAGGAAGGAAGCAGCCAGUAAGGAAGCAGGCAGGAAGGAAGCAGGCAGGAAGGAAGCUCAAGAACGGAAAUCCACAGGCAGGCCCUUGAAGGUUAAUCAGAGCUGGUUGGAGGAAUCUGAGCUGACCUGUUCUGCAGUCAUGGAGAGAUGUUCCCUGAACCCCAGAGCCAAUCUACGCCUGGAGAUUUUUGACCUGGCGUCAGAUCUCCAGAAGGAAACUAUAAAAGAGGAGGAGGAGGACCAGGGAAAUGAGGAGACCACCUAUGUCCCACAUGCUCUGGCGUUCAGGAGAGCGUAUGCCAUCAAGAAGCGUCCUGUGAAGAAGACGACGCCCGCUAAGGAGACAGGGAGCGAGUCGUUCUGUCCCACAGAGGUGUUGGGGGCGCUGGUGCCUUUCAAGGACCCCUCGAGCCUGAGUGUGACCGACGCGCUGUUCCAGAAGGCCAGCGCGGAGGAGCAGCUGGACGCCAGGAUCACGCGCAGGGUACAGAAGGCCGCACGCAAACAGGCCAAACAGGAGCAGCUCAAGAGACUGCACCGAGCACAGAUCAUCCAGAGACAGUUGGAGCAGGUGGAGGAGAAACAGAGACAGCUUGAAGAGAGGGGCGUGGCUGUGGAGAAAGCUCUGAGGGGCGAAGCAGACUACUGGGGAGACUCUAGUGAGAACCAGGAGCUGGAUUUAUAUUUGGGGGGGAUGGGCAGGCAGGAUAACCCAGGUCUGAUGCAACAGUGGUUUAAGCUGGUGCAGCAGAAAAACAUUCUGGUGCGCUACGAGUCGGAGCUCGUGAUAUUUGCUCGAGAGUUGGAAUUGGAAGACAGACAGAGUCGGCUUCAGCAGGAGCUCCGAGAGAGGAUGGCCGUGGAUGACCACCUGAAGGGGGAGGGCGAGCUGGUGGAGGAGAGGCUGAUCCUGGAGGAGAUGCUGGAGGUGGUGGAGCAGAGAGACGCCCUGGUGUCCCUGCUGGAGGAGCACAGGCAGCAGGAGCACCAGGAGGACCGAGACCUGGAGGCAGUCAUGCUGUCCCGAGGCCUGGGUCUGCACUGGGCCUGACCCCUCAACCCCCCUCCACACCUACUGUACCACGCUUCACCGUGCUCUGCCUUGUGACAUCACAUACACCCUCACCCCAGCCUGCCUUGAGACAUGACUUCCUGUCCAGCAGGAAGCCAGCCAUCACAAUACUGCACAUCCUCUGGCCUACCACACUACACCUCUGCAGUUGCCAGGCUUAAAAGGCUUCUGACCCUCAGACAGCAGGUAGUGCUCCGCUAUGACCCCCUGGCCUGGUUAUCCCGCCUACAGCUGCAUGUCCCUGGGUGUGUUGCCCUCCAUACCCCCCCCACCCCCCGCCUGGUGAACCCUGAACUCACAACCCUACUCGUGACAGGCUUGGAACCCUCACUACUUGGGGCUCUCGCCAUACCUGAUAGGAUCACAUGACUUGUUAAAAUGAUAUCCCGCUAUCCUUGGAUGUAGUGAUUAACAUCUAUAAAACACGAGGGGCACUGCUAAUUUACUAAGCCUUCUAAUGGUAUGUCAAUCUUUGUAUGUUGUAUAAUAAAACAAACUCGGAUGUCUGACUUUUAAUGAAUCCAGUGAAACCUUCACCAGUACAUUGCAAGAGACAAAUAAAGAAAAAGGACAGUCAGCA